UGACCCUUCAAAAAUGAUUGGUACAGAAUUUAUUGAGGCAAAGAUAAAACAAAGAAAAGUCCUCCUAAUAUCAAAGCAAAGUUCACCAGCGUAUCAAGCUAUUGAAGGUUUAUUGAGAAAAUACAAUCUUAACAACGAAAAAAGUGAUAACUUUGAAAUACUGUACAUCGAUUUGCGCCAUGACUGCGGAGUGAUAGAGACAUAUUUAUGGCACAAACUUACAUAUAGAAAUAGGCAGGUACCACAUUUAUUUCUGAAUGGCAAACAUGUGGGAGGAGAAGUAGAAAUAAAGCGACUCCAUGAAAGUGGUGAACUGAAGCGAAUGUUUAUGGAGGCUGGCCUAUAAAAACUGGACCGAAACCAUGAGGGAGAAGAUAGGAUUUAUUGUUGCGAAUACAUCAAAGAAAGUAAAGAUUCUGCAGAAAAAGAAUGCUAUUGUGAUUUUUCCGAUAUAAAUCUAUUCAAAUAAACAACCAUUUUAGUUAGAGUGUAAGCACAUCAUGAAGCUGAACGUAGAUCCCAACCAGUUCAUUGCAGUGGUUUUCCAUUUAUACGGAACUGCUAAGAGCUGCAAACAUCUGUCUGAAAAGUAUUAUGCGCAUUUCAUGUAGAGAAUCGCUAUUCUGUAUAUAAUAAAACAAAUGAAACACACUUAUAAGAAACUGAACAUGUAGACAACAAUACUUA